AUGCAUAUUGCAUCCAUCAAUGUAAAUAGUCAUACACUAAUCCAAUCAUCUAUAAAGGCCAAGCGUACUAAGAAGGUCGGAAUCACCGGUAAAUAUGGUACUCGUUAUGGUGCCUCUCUCAGAAAGACCGUAAAGAAGAUGGAAAUCACUCAACACUCUAAAUACACCUGUACCUUCUGUGGUAAAGAUGCUGUCAAGCGUACUGCUGUUGGUAUCUGGAAGUGCAAGGGCUGUAAGAAGGUCUUGGCUGGUGGUGCUUACACUGUCUCUACAACUGCCGCUGCCACUGUUCGCUCUACUGUUCGUCGUCUUCGCGAACUUGCUGAAAUCUAA